AUGAACCCUUCACAAACUCAAAAAGGAAAAAUUUAAAUUUAGGUUUCGAGAGGUAGUAUUGACCUUCUCGUUAGGACUAUGUACGAAGACAUAAAUAAUAUAAAAUUAAAGAAUGAGCGUUUUUAAAAGAAGAAAAGAGCUGAGGAUGAAAGAAGAAGAAGAGAAAGAUAUGCAGAAAUUUAGUAAGAAGCAAUUGCAUCUGGCAAGAAAAAUGCAGCUUUAGAAAUGAAAUGGGCUGAGCUCAAAGAAUUAGAUGAAUGCGAAGAAUUAAACAGAGAAAUGCAAGAUUAAUAGCAAACAUUUUAACAAAUUAUAGAAGGAAAAGAAAAUCUUAGAAAAGAGUUCGAAGAAGAGCUUAAAAGAAAGGAUGAUGAAUACGUAAAGAUGUUAAAAGAAUAAUCAAAUGACAUAAAAGACAUGAUUAGUAAAAUGAGAAGCUAAUUCUAUAAAAUAAGAGAUGCAAAUAUGCAAGAAUUGGAAGAUAUAGAAAGACACUUUGAAUAAGAAAGAUCUAAUUUGCUUAAUGAAUUCAAAGCUAAAAUAUAAGCUACUUUUAAAAAGCAUCUUGAUUUAGAAGAACAAUACGUUAAAGAGCACGCCAAAACAGAAGAAGAAUAAACUAAGAAUAUUGAAGACCUCCGUAUCAAGGGAGCUAAGCAUUAUGCUGAACUUAAAAUUACUAUGGAAACCGAAAUUUAAGAUCUUGAAAAGUGUUUUGAAGACAUGAAAGCUCUAUAUUAAUUGAUCACUGAAAAGUUAGAUUAUAGUUUAAAAGUUUUACAAGAAAAGUUUCAUGAAAACAAUUCUAUGUGUGAUGAAUUAAAAAGAAAAGAAAACAACUUCAAAAAUAGACUAAAAUAACUCACCAAAGAUUAUAAGCAAUACGAUAAGAAAUUUAAACUUGAAAAUAAGAACCUAACUUAAGAAUAUAAAAGAAUCAUAAGGCAAUUUAAAGAACUUUAGAAGAAAUUUAAACAUUUUGAAAAGGCUGAUCUAGAUAAGUAUUCUGAAAUUUAAAAAAUGAAUGAAGCUGAAGUUAAGGAAUUAAAAGAUAAAAUAAUAAAAUGUAAUAUAACCAUUCACAUUCAAUAGUUAGGUAUGUAAUGGAUUCCACCUUAAUCUGAAGAGGAAAUUCUUGCUUAGUAAAAACUUUAAUUAGAGUAAGGAGGUAAAGCUGAAGAAGAGGAAGAAAGAGAAUUUGAAUUCUGCAUAAGUGAAAUUAAAAUUGGAGAAAUCUGCAAUAUUAUUUUGGAAGAAGCAGAUUUUCUUAUUGAUGACAAACUCAGGGAAGAAUUAGAAGGAUCAGCUGAACCAGAAUAAAUAUUUUAAAGAUUAGAUUGCAUCAAAAAAUGCUUAUAUAUUGAUUCAGAAGAUGAAAUGAAUUUAUUCUUCAGAGAAUUAAUCACAAAAUGCAGAGUAAAGUCAGCAGAAGAAAUAGAAGAGGAAGCAAGAAAAUAACUUCUUUUGCUUGGUUUAAUCAAAGAAGCUGAGGAAAAUGAGAAUCCAGAGGGUGAAGAGGUUUAAUAAUAAGAAGGGGCUUAACAAAAGAAAAAGGAAGAAGGAAAUAAAAAAGAUGAUCCUAAAGGAAAAGAAGGUGCUAAAGAUAGUAAAGAAAAUGCUAAUCCUUAAGGAUAAAAUAAAUCUAAUUAAGAUGAAAGGAAGAAAAAGAAAGAUGGAUAAGAUGAUCAUGCAGGUCAAGGAUAAGGUUAAUAUGAUUCUAAUUAAGGAGGAAUGGGAGAGAAUCAAGAAGAAGGAGAGAAUGCUGAAGGAUAAGAAAAUUUAGAAGGUGAAAUCGAGAAAGAAAUCGAUUUAGAAAACACUCAAAUUAAUCUUAAUGAAGUAGUUAAAUUUUUGUAAAAUUGGUAGGCUAAUAAAGACAAAAGAAAAGAAAAAUUAGAAAAGGAAAGUUCUAAAAAAGCAGUCAAAUAGGAGACUGAAAGAGAAAAAAAGGAAAGAAUUGCUAGAGAAGGUAAAAAAUAUUGGGAAAAGCUUACUCAAGUUUUACCUGAAAGAACAUUUAGAAUUUGGAAUGUAAAUUUCUUUAAAUUUAGUUUUGAAAAAUAAAUUUUAUUGAAUUAAAUAAACAAAUUAAGGUUUUGGACAGAUCUUUGUCCAAAUAUUAUGAACUUCUUUUGGACAGACAAAAAUUAAUCGAAGAAACCAGUGAAUUGCAUAACCAAAAUGAAGAAUUAAAGAAUCUUUUAAAUCAAUACAUAUAAAUUGAUCAUGAACUUAUUAUCCGCCCUACAAGACUCAUUAAUAUAGAUUAAGGACAAAGAUGAUUUUAUUUAAACUAAAAUAUCCACUAAUUUAUUUACUUUUCACAAUUUUCAGAUAUUAUUAUAAAUAUUUAUUGUAAAUUAAUCAUUUUUAUUCAUUCGUUUGUGUCAGUCCUACUCUAAAAAAAUUAUUCUCCUGAUAAAAAAUAUAAAUUAAAAACUUUUUAAUUUAUCAAAUUUUAAAAACUAAUUUAGUUUUUGA